UGUCUGCGUGUGUGUGUGUGUAAGUGAAUGGCUAGACACUAGAAGACCAGUUGGUUCGCUAACUACCGCCCAGGACGGUCGUGUUGUUGGUACGUUCCUCUCUCACCGACAAAUUAAACGUACACGUAAAAACCAAACCCCCCCCCCCUCAAAAAAAAAAAUAGUUUCGAUAUUUAUGUUUCGUCGGUGACAUUUACCUCAGACACACAUCGAUCGUGAUCUCCCUCCACAAACGACACACACACACAAAUUCGUUCUCAUCUCUCGAGGUUGUCGUUGUUGUCUAAUACUCGGAAUACAGUGUUGUCGACAGUGUCAUUAUCUCAACUCAAGUUGGCAAUAGAAAAAUACACAUUCGAUCAAGCCCCACCUCGAUUGGCUCAGCAAAUUAUCCAGUGAGAAAGCAACAAGACGCUCAUCACCAGUGUGUGUGUCUCUCUUUCUGUGAGUGUGUGUGUGUAUGUGUAUGUGUCAUCGAGUGCAAAUCAAAUUCGUUGCAGGUGACCAACCCUCGAGUUCCAUUUUUUUUUUUUAUGUGUGUGUGUUUAACUCGUAAAUAAACAAAAAUAAAAAUAAAAUCCGCAACCCUGGAAUCGCCGUCGCCUCAUCAAAUCCGGCGGAAUUCGCCGGUGCCCCACCCGCCGCCGUCCAGUUCGGCAAACAGUUUCAUCAACAGCCACUUCAGCGGCGAUUACAACACGACAAUGUCGUCGACAACGCCCAACUCCGUCGUCGGCGGAACAGACUGCGAUCAACAGGAGUCGACGGCCGGCCAGGCCGCCAAUUCGCAACAAGCGGCCGCCGCCGCCGCCGCCGUCAACGCGUCCAAAAACGCCUUCCUCGAGCUGCAACAGGCGCAUCAACACCUGGCCAGCCAGGCGGGCAUCGGUCCGCCACCGUCUCACAUGGCGGGCGGAGGUGGACCGGCCGGAGGUGGCGGCGGACCGUACGGCAUGAGCCGCAAUCCGUACCAGCAAAUGCAGCAACAACAUCCGUCUGCAAACAGUUUGAGCGUCAACCACCAACUGGGCGGCUAUCCCUUUUCGCACAUGACGCCGCAAAACUCGUACGCCGCCGCAGCAGCCGCCGCUGCCGCCGGAUACCACCACCUCAGUCCCUACCCGUCGCAAUGUCCAUCACCUCCGCGAGACGAUUCGCUCGAUUCGGGCAUCAGAGUCAACGGCAAGGGCAAGAAGAUGCGCAAACCGAGGACCAUCUACUCGUCGCUUCAAUUGCAGCAGCUCAACCGACGAUUUCAACGCACCCAAUACCUCGCCCUGCCCGAACGGGCCGAAUUGGCCGCUUCCUUAGGACUCACUCAAACUCAGGUGAAAAUUUGGUUCCAAAACCGGCGGAGUAAGUACAAGAAAAUGAUGAAAGCGGCCCAACAGGUGGGCGGCGGCGGUGGCGGCGGACUGAACGGAAACAACUCGGCCUCGACGCCUCAAAUGUCGCCGUCCGAGUCGGAAGGCGGAUCGCCUAGCCCCGAGUGCGGAGACGACGGCAGUUUGGGCGGCGGUUACCUACCGCUGGGCAUGGGCCAGCAGCAGCAGCAACAGCACGCGCACCAACAGCAGCAACAACAUCCCGGCGGCAUGAUCAACUACCACCAACAGCAGCAACAACACCAACAGUCGGCCGGCACGCCCGUCAGCGACCUGUCACCCCCGCCGCCGACGUUACUGCUGGGCGGCGGAACGGGCAGCCCGCCGCUCAGCUCGUCGACGGGCGGCUCUUGGAUGCACGACACCAAGCCCAACCUCAUUCAAAUGGGCGAUCCAGCGUCGGCCGUCGGUCUGGCCCACCAUCACCACCACGUCCACCACGUCCACCAUCCGAACAGUUUGCAGCAGCAAAUGGGCGCCGCGGCGGCAGCAGCGGCUGCGGCCGCCAACUACGGCAUGCCCUACCCUUGGCAAUACGCCGCCACCAUGAACCAAGGUCUACUCACAUGAGAAACUAUCACGACCUAUUUUUUAUUCAAAAACUAAAUUUUUUUUUUUUAAACUAAAAUAAAAAGAAAAAGAGGCGUGAAGAUUUAGGUGAUGAUUUGUUCUUUUCUUGUUUAGAUGAAAAAUUUUUUUUUAAAAAGCCAAUGAUAAAAAAAAAAAAAAAAUUGUUUAAAUGUCAAAUUCUCGAUAAAUUAUUUAGAAACUUCAUUUGAGAAAUUGCGCGUUCUUUAAAUCCAAUUUUCUUUUUCAUUUCGGUUGAUUGACUUUUACCACUACCUUCUUAAACUCUACUGAUAUACAUACAAAAUAUAUUGACUUUUCAUUAGUAUUUUUUUUUUUGGUUUGUCGUAUGCAAGAUUUCCUCUCUGUGCGUUUGCGUCAUCACUGCGCCCCCCCUGUUAAUAUUAUUAUUAUUAUUAUUAUUUAAAAAAAAAAUAAUAGUAAUAAUAAAAAUGAAUUCAUUCUUCACACUACACAAGUUUUCGUUGUUCGGGUGCAAUAGAGACACAUCCCUCUACAUCCCCCCCUCUCCAAUUGGAAUGUAAUCGAUAUACGUAUAUAGUAAACAUGUUUUUAGGAGGAUCGCAUUCUCAUCCCACAAUUAUUUUCAUUUUUCAUUUCACAAUUGAAAAGAACCGCGCCAUUCAUUUUCGUUUUGCUGGUUGUCCUCCUUGUACUGAAACACAUUGCAACUGAAGAUAUUUAAGUUCGAUGUUAUAGUACAAUGAAUAAUACAGUGUACAGCGUUAAACAAAGAGUUUCGAUUGGUAGAUUGUCUUCGAAUCGAACGAAGAGGGGGAAAAAAAGGGGGGGGGGCGUGAGUGACGGAAAAAUUUUUUGUUUAGCCAAUUUUCAAAUGGUUUGCCCCGAUCGACUGUACAUGUUCUAACUCUAUUUUGUUUGUUGUUGAAACCAUUUUUUUUUUUCAUUUAUUAAAAAGUAGAAAAAUAAAAGAAGAAAACAUAAAAAAAAAAAAAAACUGUUAUUCAAAAAUAUUUUUUUUUUGUUUGCGGGAGUUUCUCGAGUGAUGUGUAUCAUAUUAGCCGGUCCUCAUCCUUUACCCCUCAUUCUGUAUGUGUGUGUGUGUACGUGAUCCUUUUCAUUAUCGCAUCCAUUUCCCCCCCUAAACAUUUCAUUUCCCUGUUGUCUCUGAAAAUUCACGACAUUAUCUGAAACGUGCGCGUGUGUAUCUUCGUCUGUGUCCCAAAUUACGUAAAAA